CAUAACCCGUUUACGAUCCUGCCUUGGGAGAAAAGCUAAAGCCAGCUAAACCAAGAGUAGCUACUGCUCGAAAGCUCCGCUAUAAACAUCGAAACCAAAGUGGUGAUCAUCCUCACUGAACCCAUUAAAAUCUCUUCGUUUGUCGAGAAAAUCUCCAAUAUCAGCAUUUCUUUCCCAGCUUCCCCUUAAUCUGAAAGGGUGAAUUUCCCCAUCAAUCAAGAGAACAGGAUGGCUGGAGUGGAAUUACUGCCAAAAGAGUACGGAUACGUGGUCCUUGUUCUGGUUGCCUACUGCUUUCUCAAUUUCUGGAUGGCUUCGCAAGUGGGCAGAGCCCGCAAUAAGUAUAAGGUGUUUUACCCGACCAUGUACGCCACGGAAGCUGAAAGCAAGGACGCCAAGCUCUUUAACUGUGUCCAGAGGGGGCACCAGAAUUCACUGGAAAUGAUGCCCACGUUUUUCAUGUUGAUGAUAUUGGGAGGAAUUAGGCACCCUGUGAUUGCUGCAUCACUGGGAGCUCUUUACACUGUUACGCGUUUUUUCUAUUUCAAAGGCUACUCCACUGGUGAUCCUAAGAAACGUCUUUCGAUCGGGAAAUAUGGUUUCUUGGCCAUGCUUGGGCUUAUGGUUUGCACAAUUUCAUGUGGAGUGCAUAUGCUUAUUGAUUAAAAGGCUGUAAGUUAUUCUACAAUGUAAUAGAAAUUGUUGUUUCGGGAACUUUGACCUCAUGCCAAGUAGCACUAGCUAAGGAUGUUCUUCGACCUAGUUUUCUCCUUGUCUUCUUAUAUCAAUAACACGGUUUAUACUUGAUCUGUCACAAUUCUAAGGUUGUCCAUUAAUCAUUUUUUUUUUCUAGUA